AUGGCCACCAGGUUGAGACCCAGCCGUCAUACCAUCCAUAUGCUCCUCAAAUCCCAGCGGAAGCUCAAAGAAUUGAACUUCCGCAUCAGGCCCGACGAGGCCUUCACGGGCAAGGGGCCACUUUCUCUCCACACAGCUGGUCCUUCGAUGGAGCCUCCCCUGAAAGACCUCACUGGACUAGCUGUAUAUGUUCAUUGCCAUCCGAAGGUUGCGAAAAACUCUUUUGAGUACUACCGCAAACUUCUCACAUACGUUCCCAAGCUGCAGACCCUGUCCAUAGUGGGCACGCUCUUUGACGAUCGUCCACUCGACCGGUUGGACAUGCAACACGUCCUACAGCAUGACAUAAAAGAGCCGAUUCUGACAAGUCUCACUACCCUCCGUCUGAAGCUUAUCGACCUUGGAAUGAGCCACAAGGCGAUUUUCAGGAACAUGAACUUUGCUAACCUUCGCACAUUGUCACUGAUUGGCUGCAAUGACAUGGCCCCCUUCUUAGAUAACCUCCUGGUACAACGCGCCAACAGUGACGGCAGGUAUCUUUCCCAUCUUUCCGAUCUGGAGAUCUUCUUCCCUCUCCAUUCACCCCAUCCCUACAGCGACAUCCAGGCUGUCCAACACUUCCUCGAGACUGGUCCCAAGCUUGACAAGCUCACCUUGGACGUGUCGCGCCAUGCCUUGAUAAACAAAGACGCUAUCAUCGCUCAGUCUAAGCUUAAGUCACUCGAACUGGGUACCGGUGAGGAGAGGGGAGGGCGCUCAUUUGCCGUGGAAGACGUCAAAGCGAUUCUAAACGCUUGCACAGAGCUCGCAGACGUCGCCAUUAAUCUCCCUGACGUGAGCCUAGGACCCCUUAUCGAUCUAGCUCAUGACUUCAGACUGGGAAGACCCCAAAACUGUCUCACACAUGUAGAGACCGAGUUCGAAGCCAUGCUCGCCGUACUCGCCCAGCACACCCCGCUUCACACCCUCCGCAUGUUGAACCUCCCAAAUUUCGGAGAGAUCGAGAUAGCACACAACCCCGACUCACUCAGCGCCUCAGAACACCGAUUAGCCCGCGUCCUGUACCAGAAUUUCGCAACGGAGAUCAUGCGCUUCAUGGCGAAAUGCGGUACCGCACCCUUAUUCUUCGACACCCGGCCUAGCAUCACUUAUCAAAUAUUCGAUGAGUGCCUAUGGCCUGCAUAUUUGUUCAACAAAGGUUAUGUGUGCGAUGCGAGAGGAAAGAGGGAGUUGAUGGCGGUGCAUACAGAUAGAUAUCCGCAGGAUGAUAAAGAGUCGCUUGUGAUGCGUAUGGCGGGGUCGAGUAUUUGA